AUCAAUAGGGGGCCAAACAAGUAGACCUCAUAGAGAAUAAUAGUGGGGGGAUCUGGUAUCUGGGAUUUGAGUUCUGAGAUCUGAGAUCUGAACCUAUCCUGCACACCCGUUCCGAUCCGAAAUGCCUUCCCUUUUGGAGGCGCUGGAGCGCAAGUACUUCGCAGAAUGCGAGUUCGAGAAUGCCCACCAGCCGGAACUGCACAAGCGGAGUGACCUGCCCAACGACUUUACGGUCACCAAGUGCGGCGGACGCAUGGAGUUCUCCAUCUUCAUACCCCGCCUCUCGCCCCUGACCAGCGUGCCAGCGCUGCUGGUCCUCAACGACUGCGACAUCGACUCGGCCGGGGACUUCGAGAGCAUCCGGGAGAAGUGCCAGCGGGUGAGGGAACUGGACCUGGCCCAGAACAAGCUGAGCGACUGGUCGGAGGUCUUCAGCAUACUGGAGCACAUGCCGCGCAUCGAGUUCCUCAACCUGAGCAAGAACCAGCUGGCCAGUCCGAUUAGCGCGCUGCCCACGGCGCCGACGAUCAACCUGAAGAGCCUGGUGCUGAACGGCACCUACCUGGACUGGGCCUGCGUGGACGCCCUGCUGAAGCACCUGCCCGUGCUGCAGGAGCUGCACCUCAGCCUGAACAACUACAGGCAGGUGCUGAUCGACGCCGAGGAGGCGGAGCAGCGGCUGCAGGAAACGGAGACGCCGGAGGAGACGGAGCGGCGAGUCACCAAGGCCCAUCCCGCCCUCAAGACCCUGCACUUCACCGGCAAUCCCGUCGAGCACUGGCAGGAGAUCUGCCGUCUGGGCCGGCUGUUCCCCAACCUGGAAGCCCUGGUCCUGGCCGACUGUCCCAUCAGAUCGCUGCAGGCGGAGGAGAGCGGCGAGACCCACAAGUACUUCCCCAGCUUGAGGCUGCUGAACCUCAGCUCCGCGCAACUGGACAGCUGGACGGCCAUCGACCAGCUGGCCAAGUUUGGGCAGCUGCGCAACCUCCGGGUGAAGCACUGGCCCCUGUGGGAGAGUCUGGAGUGCACGGAGCACGAGAGGAGGCAGCUCCUGAUAGCCCGACUGCCCAAUGUGGAGAUGCUCAACGGCGGCGGCAAGAUCAGCAACGACGAGCGCGUCGAUUCCGAACGGGCCUUCGUGCGAUACUAUAUGGACAAGCCGGAGGACGAGCGGCCCGAGCGCUACGAGGAGCUCCUGCGCAUCCACGGCAAGCUGGAUCCCCUGGUCAGCGUGAGCCUGAAGCCGGACAAGCGGGUCAAGGUCCUGUUCACCUACAACGAUGUCAGCGAGAGCCGGUUCGUGGACAUCUACCUGACCGUCAACGAUCUGAAGGCCAAGCUGGAGAAACUCGUGGGCCUGGCGCCCAACAAGAUGCGUCUGUACUAUCUGGAUCAGGACUACAAGGAGUUCGGGCCCGAGGAGAUGCGGUUCCCCAACAAGCAGUUGUACAGCUACAACAUCCAGUCGGGCGACGAGAUCAUCAUCGAUGCCAAGAAGUGAAAUGGGGGCUCUUGCUUUUUGCUUCCGGAACUGGAACUGGAGAGGAUUAGCAUUGCCCCUGCGACUACCGCGCUUCGUCCCCCGCCUGGUGCUACAACUUGUGAUCUUGUGCACGAUUCAUUUAUACUUAACGUACUCUACUGCUACUGUUAAUGUGCUGUUCUGUUCUGUUCCCCCCGGCGAACCACCUUGUAAAUACGUUUUCAAAAACGGCCAAGCGAGCAUUAUUGCGCACCCACAUCGUAUAUUUUAAUUACUGCCUAACCUAAGCCACACAAUACAAACGAAAAUACAAACACAAAACAAAAAACAAGCAAGAAUGCAUUAAACAAUUUUAAAAUUUA